AUGGCAGCCUCCGAUGAUGAUCUGUACAUGCUCCUAAAUGUCGACAGGACGGCGGAUGCGGAGGAGGUUCGGCGGGCGUACCUAGGGCUGGCGUUGUGCCUGCACCCGGAUAAGGCGGUCGCCAGGCAUGCCAUCGCGCAGCAGCAGCAGGACCAGAACGACGGCCCCGUCCUAGACCUGGCCAGCCGGCAGGGUUCGAUGCGGCGGGUUAGAAGGGCCGCCGACGAGCAGUUCGUCAGGGUACAGCGAGCGUACCGGGUGCUGUGCGACCCGACCAAGAGGCUGGUGUACGACGAGUACGGUCUUGAGGGGCUGGAAGCCUUCGAGCGGAGCGAGAUUGGCAAGAAGAGCGUGGGCAUGCCGCAGAAGCGUCCCGCAGAGGUCCGACGUCUGCUCGACAGCCUCCUGCGCGAAGCCGCCCAGAAGAGACAGGACGUCGCCCUGGCCACCUUCGGCGGCAUGACAGCGGAGUGCGUUUGCCUUCCCAUCGUGGACGUUAGCGGGAGGCUAGUCAAGCGGAACCUCUUGCCUGAGCUCGCGCGGCUCACGGUCCGGCAGAGCGUGCAAGUGCCCGUGGCAGACACCACCAACAUCACCUUCGGCGGCUACUCUCUCCACCACAACGGGCUGGGAGCGGGGUCGGUCUACCUGUCCGCACAGCAUGACGUCACCGCAGAACAGUGGGUAGGCUCCCUGGUGCAGAUCGGCCAGCAGCCGAAGGUGGGCCUCUCGUGCGGCACGGCUAGCAAGGACAGCUCCGGCGUCUCUGUGCAGAGCCAGUGCACGUACGAACCUGACGGAGGGCUGGGGUUGAGGCUGUCCACGACCGAGCGCUUGGACCCCGCCACGGUGGUGGACAUGUCGUGGGGAGUUGUAGGAGGCAAGGAGGGCGGUGCCGCGGAUGAUGCUGUGACCGUGCACGUCACAAGGGUGGUCGGAGACGGAACCGGGACUCUUGCUGGGGAGGUAGCUUUAGGGCCCAGAUCGUGGAUGGAUCUAGGCCUCCGACUCUCCUAUCGGCACACCAUCGCCCCUUCGAGAAUGUUGCAGCUAGGCGGGAAGAUAGGGGUUCGAGGGGUGGAGCGUGGAGCGAUGGUGUUCGAGCUACCGGUGCUCCUGUCGUCCCUCCUAACGGGCUGGACGUUGACCUGCGGAGGGCUUCUCCCGGCCCUGGUGGACGCCGGGGUAGGCUGGCUGUUGUCUUCGGCGUGGCAGCGUAGGGCCGAACGGCUGAGGUCGGAGGGAGAGCCUUUGAGGCGCAGGCGGCUUGCGAGGGACUGGGGAGACGCGGCGAGCCAGGUGCGGCUGAUGGUGCACAUGGCGGACAAGAGGCGGCACGAGGAGAAGGAGAAAGGGGGGAUGGUCAUCUUACUCGCGAGGUACGGCGCCGACCUCUCCCGCGACUGCGGGGAGCGGUGGUGGGCGCAAGCUCCGCAGAAUGCAGCGGCGGGGGGGGGCACUGCCGGAACGCCGGCGAUGCCUCUGAGCGGGUUGGUGGAGUCGGAGGGGCCCGAGGGGGCGGCGGCGGUGGAGCUGGUCUCUCAGCCGAACGUUGACGUUACCGUGCCCCUGCAAUUCUUUGUCAAGGAUUCCACGCUAACGCUGCCGUUCGGCAGCAAGUCCCACCUCCUGGGCUUCUUCACCCCGGCCCCGUGCCGGUUACCCCGUCGGGAACCGCCUUCUUCGGAUUAUCGAGAGGGGGCACACAGCCAAGAACGAUACGGCUGGGGGGGGGAGGGAACGGCGGGCUGGGGUCCCCCGCUCCCCGCCGCGGCGGCGCAACUGCGCAUCCGGUACCUGUUCGCCGGACGCACUUUCGAGGAGACCUUCCGGGACUGUCAAGAAGUCGUCCUUCCCUCGCCGACGUCGGCUUACCUGGGAGACUCGGACGUCCGAUAGACGGUUACGGUUCAUCGGAAAGACGGUUUCGUCCUUCCCUCGCCGACGGCGACUUUUUACCAGGGAGACUCAGAGGGCCGGUAGACGGUUUCGGUUCGUCCGAUAGACGUUGCGGUUCGUCCGGAACGCGGUUACGGUUCGUCGGAAGACGGUUUCGUCCUUCCCUCGCCGACGUCAAGGUACCACGGAGACUUGGGGGGGGGGUCCGAUAGACGGUUACGGUUCGUCCGGUCGUUGGUUACGGUUCAUCCGAAGACGAUUUUGCCCUUCCCUCGCGGACGCCAACGUGCCGGGGAGCCUCAGAGGUUCCAUGGACGAUUACGGUUCGUCUGAUAGACGGUUACGGUUCGUCUGAAAGACGGUUACGGUUCGUCCGAUAGACGGUUACGGUUCGUCCGUCGAAUCGAGAUCUCUGCGGGCCACGGCCUGCAGAAGCAAGCUUGAGAGGCGAAAGCCAGAUGGAUGGAUGGGUGGGAAUGCGUUUUUUUAUAUAAUGUGUGCGAGAGUGUGUGUGGCAAAAUAUUUGGAGGUGUUUCCCAUGUAUCACCAACCAGGAAACAAGUGACAUAUGCAUACCUUGCCUGUUUGUAUGACUGACAGAUUGUGUCUAUUUCGGGCCUUUUCGUCUACAUGUACUACAUGCAUACGGCCUGCGGCAUCUAUCCCAUCCUCGUCGCCACUUGAUGGCCAACGAAUGAGUGCUCGAGAUGAGUGCGCCUGUUAUCGGAUGGUUAUUUUGUUGCCCGGCCCCGAUGAACCGCGCGCUCUAGACUUAAUUUGUGCGUUAUUGCUUGUGGGAGGAAGUGACUCGACGGUGAUUUUGGGGUACAUCGGGCGAGCUCAAGUCGGUGCUGGAGGAGAGGAAACACCCACGUGGACGCGUGAAAGAGAUGAGUGCUCCGUAGAUGUAAGGAGGCUUUUCUCUCCCCAGACCUGUCUUCCUACCUGCCUGCGAAGAGAUGUUUUUUUUUAUAUAUUCUUGUGUGUAGCUGCUGUUGUUGACGUACGCUAGACGAGGCUGGAAAUUAGAAACUAGGGGGGCCCAUGAUCAGUAUGAAGACGCAGCAGCAGCAGCAGCAGGAGCACCACAAAAGGUUGGUCAGGCAGCUACUUGGAAAACAAUUUUGUUGUGUCGUAUUGAUGUGGUGCACGAUCGAUUGCGAGACAAUCGCAAGCCAAUUGCACCGACUGGCAAGGCAAAUUUUGUAGCAUUAACGUGUAUACGCGGCUGGACGCAUGCAGCGGCUGAGGAUUUUUUUUUCUUUGUUGCGUUUCGGCUCACGUGCGCACGUGUGUGGGUGGUGUGAUUUCGCCUAUCGUUGUUGGGGUACAACGUGAAAGGAGAGGCGGGGGGUGUAGUAUUUUUUUUUUUGCACUAGUCUAGAGAGUACAUGAAUUUUGUCGCACGGUCAGAGUGGGGGGCAUUGUGGCUCAAAUCAUUGACACCACUUCCUGGGAGACGGAUCUAUUUACUAUAAUAACAGUCCGGGUUUUCUCCCGGUAAAGAGCCCGCACCAAAAGUGCAGCAGGGUGCGCUAUUCUAAG